UGGUGGCUAACAACACUGCACCUCCUGCCCUGCCACAUGGUGGAAACCUAUGUUUAUAUCAAAAAGAUGUCAGCCUUUUAGUCGCAGGCACUAUUGGUAUGAUUGAUGACGUUGAUGUCAUCGUCGUGUACGCAAUCUCUGUUGUUGAAUGCCCCAAGUCAUGUGUACUUAUCGUGGCAGGCACAAGGGCAAUGAUCGUUGAUGCAGGUGAUGAAAAUGCGGUUGCAGGUGUCGGUGAGAUUAUUGGAGCCGGUGAUGAUGGUGCGACCGUGGCCAACAUGGUGAUUGGCAGCUCCCCUCCUGAACGCUUGGCCCAGCUAACGCUAGAGGAGGAAAAAGAAGAGGGCGUAGAGGAAGGCGACGAGGAAGAAGAAGGGGAGACCUCCGAAGAAGCAGGGAGUUACACUGAAUACAGCGAGGACGAGUCAGGUGAAGAAGAAGAAGAAGAAGAAGAAGAGGAUCGGUUGGAGGAAGAGGAGGAAUCAAAGUGGGAGACUUUGGGUGAAGAGGCGGAUCGCGCAGAGCCUCAGGAGGAGGAUCCCGAGGCGGCACGAAGGAGAGAGGAGAUCGCAACCGGAAAGCAGUCGCUGGAGUUCGCAAGUGAAGUGGAUUUGCCGAUCCCGUACAACCCGGCCAAGGAUCCCGAGCUGCCCAAGAACGACGAUGGGAACCUUGCUGCCGGGACUCCGAGCGCACCGGCCGGACGGCGACGAAGCCGAUCCCCCUCCCCCUCCACCUCCGCCCGUCCACCAGUUCGAGCUCCACAAGCACUUUACAUGAUCAAGGACUCAGUGCAAAAACCUCUCGAGUCUGUCGCAGAAUACCGAAACCGGUUCUACCGAAUGUUUGUGAAGACUGAGCGAGGCGAGCAAGUCGGGAGAGAUUUGUUUAUUGAUGGGCUUCGCAGCCGAACGAUAAGGGCGAAGCUGCGAAAGCAAUUUUCCCCCAUCAAUCACACGCUGCAACAGAUCAUGGCCGCUGCAGAAGAGAUGGAACGGAAGUUCACGGCGAACUUCCUGGAAGGAGAAGACUAUUCUAGGGAAGAAGAUUCGUCUGAACUUGCAAGGGCGAGAGCUGAGCUGGCCGCAUUGCAGAACAAGUUCGAAAAUAUGGGAUUUGUGUCUUGCUCAGUCACCUAUCUAGAACAGGUGGGCCCUAAUCGACCGACCUCAAGUGAGAUCCCGAGUGUCCAUGUUCCUGUGAUGCCAACAUCUGUAAGAACGGCACCCCCUCCACCAAUUGAGAAUCCUGUAAGAACCAAUGAAUCUAUUGCCAUCUUCGAACUAACCAAAAUGUUAAUUAGCCUAAUCCAGGAGAGCAAAAAGGAACAGCGAGAGCACGACGCUCGGUUAGAAGCCAUGAUGAGAAACAUGCGGCCCAUCGCCGUGCGUGCCCCUCCGAUUCAACAAGGAUUGGCCCAGGUGCUUGUUCUCGGAGGAGCCGCAAGCAAUCUGGAUGUCUAUUAUGCAUGCCAUCAGCCAGGGCAUCUAGCCCGUGAUUGCCCCCACCAACCCCCGCAACAACGGGUCGGAGUUGCACCAAUGGCCGCAACUCCUAUCACUAACGGACCUGGACGGGUAGGAGCUCUGAUGGAAGAGAUGGAAGGUGGGGGAAGUGCGUUGGCAACCACGGAAGAAGCCGCUGAGCUCAUCCCAUUAGAUCAGUAUAUGUCGCUUGGAUAUCCUGGGCUUGGAAUGAUUGGAACGAUCCGACCGGCGCCAGAACAGAAAGAAGUGGCGGAGUGGCGACCUUCUCCCAGAGAGAUGGAGUCGGGAGGACCCACCUUCGUCACAGGGGAAAUCGAUGUGUUGAACAUUAUCCGAGCCCUUCCGAUCGGCCAUCUGCUCUCGAUUUCCGAACAGGCUAAUGAGCGGAUGCUACAGCACUGCAAGAAAAAACGAAAACGAUUCGCCCUCACCCGAACCACUAACGUAAAGGCUAAAAGUCCCAUGCCCGAGGACAACACUGCUGGCACGACGGAUCCAAUACGGGUAGGAUUAAUACAAAAAGACGACCAUUUCCUACGGAUUAAACCCAUCAAGUGGAAAUCUGCAGAAUGCGAUAUUGAAAUAUGGGGAAUUUCGUACAAUGCAAUCAUUGAUCCGGGAGCUGUUGUUUUGGCUAUCUCACUGAGAGUAGUUGAGAGGGCAGGUAGGAAAAACGACCUGAUCAUGCUUAUGGAGAAGGACCAGCUCGUUUCGGCAGACGACGAGAAGAUUAAAACAGUGGGACGGAUGACCAACGUCACUUUCCGAUUGGGAAAGGUGCAUGCACUAGGAGAUGUCGUGGUAUUAGAUGUAAACACCUACGAUGUUCUUUUCGGUUUUCACGCUCUUGUGGCAUUACGAGCGAACCUGGAUUUCGAGCGACGGUCAAUCAUCCUCCGAAAUACGGGAGGAAAUCCCUAUCGAGCGAUGAACAUGACAUUCCAGAACUUCGUCAACAAGACGCAGCUAACUCAGGGAAUGAUCAACUUCUGCGUGAUCGUAUACAUGGAUGAUAUCCUUGUCUACUCGGAGACCUAUCACGGGCAUGCACAACACAUUGAGUGGACGUUGGGAGCGCUGAGGGACGCUGGGUUCAAGAUCGCACUCGAAAAGAGCGAAUUUUUCCUUUCGGAAAUUUCGUUCUUGGGCUACGUCGUGACACGUGGAGGAUUGCGGCCUGACUCGAGAAAAGUCGCGGCGGUGAGAGAAGCCCCGGUUCCCACGUCACUGACGCAGGUUCGAGCCUUCUUGGAGUUGGCCUCGUACUACCGCCGUUUCAUCAAAGGCUUCGCCGCGAUUGCGCGGCCGCUAACGAACCUGUUACGAAAGGACCAACCUCUCAGUUGGGACGCAGAGUGUGAGCAGGCCUUUGCGACCCUCAAAGAUGCUUUGGCGACGACACCUAUUUUGAUCCGACCGGACCCCUCGAAACACUUCAUUCUUAUCACGGACUGGCAACCGGAAGCUAUUUCCGCUAUUCUAGCGCAGAAAGGGAACGAUGGUCGCGAACAUGUCAUCGAGUACGGGUCGCGAACGGUGCCAGACGAACGGAGGAAUGACUCAGCACCCCAAGGCGAAUGCUAUGCAGUACUCUGGGGAAUCCAACACUUCCAUCUGUAUCUCUAUGGGCAGAAGUUCCGCCUUGUGACGGAUCACGAGCCUUUGCUGGCUUUGAAGAAACUCACUAAUUACACGGGCAUGAUUGGACGUUGGGCGCUGGCCGACGAUCUCCCUCUUGAGAUCGUCUCGCAGAGCGACGACAGCCCGGUCCCGCACGUUCUCACGCAGACCUUGGCGCCAUAUCUUCAGUGGUCGGCGUGCUUGGAGGAACCAGGGAGCGGCCGCAACCCACCAUUACAGCGUGGUUAUCUGGACCCGCACGAGAUAGUCGACCUUGCCUUCUUCCAAGAUCGGACAGCUUCCGAGAACGAGGAGGUAGAGAUUGAAGUGGAAGAAGAAAGCUCGGAAGAAGAAGAAGAGGUCGAGGAAGAGGCCGACGAGGAAGAAACUCCCGAGGAAGGAAGUUACAAUGAGCACAGCGAAGGGGAGCAAAGUGAAGCGGAGGAGGAAGAAGAGCAAGACGACGAAGAAGAAGAAGAAGACGAGGAGGAGCUAGGCUCGGGCGCAGGCCCAGGCACAGAAGAGGGAAGAGAUCGUGGCCGGGAAGCGACAGUUGGAAUUCGCCAACGCAGCCGGUCAGCCGCGCAUCGACGAUCCGGCCCGAGAUCCGGAGCCACCCGAGCCCGAGGAUGGAGAGACAGCUGCCGAGACUUCGGCCGCACCAGCGAGACGGCGAUGAAGCCGAUCCCCCUCCCCCUCCGCCGCCGACCGCCCACCAACUCGUCCACGUACCGAUGCGGGGCAUCGGGCUUCAUCCCCGAUCGAGUAAAGGCUGCGAUCCGCGCUGCACAAAGUAGCCCCAUGGGAAAUCAGAGUUGGAGAAAGGUGAAGCUCGACGGAGGAAAGUGAACGUUGGAAGAACUAUCUGCGGAGAACAGCCGCUAGCCGUGCAUAG